AUGGAUAACAGAGGUUAUAAACCUAGAAGCUUUGGUUUUACAAGAGAAGUUAAAAGAUAUCAUACACGACGAAUUCAACCAAUUAACGAUGAAGAUGAUAUAGUAUCAACGAAUACCGUUGAACGAUAUUCACCAACAAAUAUAGCUGAAUCAUAUUCAUCAACAAAUGCACGACUGCAAUCAAAUGAUUCAUUACUUGAAACAAAUCAAGAUUAUACACAACAAAAGAAAGUUUCAUAUGAUGAUGACACACCUGCUUUAUCAACUACCUCUAUAACAGGCUUGUUUAUUGCUGGUGGCAUACUUAUAGGUAUUACUAUUUUGAUUGUAGUACCAACUGUAGUUGGAAUUAUUGUUACACGAAAUCCUACAGUGAUAGAUGGUACUACAUCAUCGACAAUUGCUCCUACAGUUAUUACGGCUUAUUGGAGUUUCGAUAAUGAUGCAAAUGAUUUAUAUGCAACUUACAAUGGUACUCUUGUAAAUGGUGCAACAUUUUCAAACAGCACUUAUUUUGAUUAUGGUUAUAAUUUAGCAUUAAAUAAUUCAUUGAAUCAAUCUGUUACUAUUACAAGUCCAUUCUUUAAUUUAUCUUAUACAAGUUUUACUGUUGAAGCAUGGAUUUAUGGUUAUACACUUACAGGUGAUCAACCAAUAUUUUCUCAAUGUCAAUGUAAUUCAUGUCAAGAUCAAUGUCUUUAUUUAAUUAUUCGAAGUCAUAAAAUGUAUAUGGGUUUUAUGUUAGAUGAUGUGAUUGGUUCAACAUCAUUAUCGACUAAUACAUGGUAUCAUGUUGCAUAUGUAUAUGAUUAUUCAAGUCAAACACAAUCAAUUUAUUUACAAGGUGUUCUUGAUGGUACACAAACAUCAGCUGGUCCUUAUCAAGGUCAAAAUGGAUCAAUAUUUAUAGGAUCAUCAGUUUUAUCUUCAAAUUCAUUUUAUGGUUAUAUUGAUAAUUUGAAAUUAACAACAAGAGCUAAAUCAUCUAGUGAAAUUCUUACUGAUGCUUCAUUAGUUACUUAUUUCUCAUUUGAUGGUUCAACAUUAACACAAGAUAUGGGGCCUAAUCAAUUGAAUGGUACAAUAUCAAAUGCUGCUGCAGUUAGUGGAAAAGUUGGUCAAGGUUUAGCUUUUAGUGGGUCAACAUCGUCUUACUUUCAAGCAUCAGGAUUUUAUCAAUUAGGUCAGUCAAACAAACCAUUUUCAUUUUCCAUGUGGAUAUAUCCAUACUCAAUUACUGGUGGAGUAUUAAUUCAGAAAACAAUAUUGCAAAGUGCCAGUGGUGGUUGGUGUUAUACUCUGAUGGGUAUUACGUCUUUCGGCCAAAUUGUAAUGAUCAUUUACGAUUCUUUUGUACCAACAAUUGUUGGUCCCUUUUUAACAGUUCGUACGUGGACUCAUCUUGGUUAUACAUAUAGUACAACAAAUGGUCUUCGAAUGUACAUCAAUGGCCAGUUAUCUGGUACUACUGGACCAGUAUCAUGGUCGUCAUCGUCUAGGAUUGACUGGCUCAGUAUUGGCUGUUAUGUACCCAGUUAUUGUGGACCAGGUGUAAUAAGUGCUGUUCCUUAUUUAGGUGCCAUUGAUGAGUUUUAUGUCUAUCGCCGAGAACUGAGUGCUAGUGAAAUACUUGCUUUAGCCAAUCCAUAA